GUUGUUUUUGUUUUUGAUGUGAGCGGGCGUGUAGCGGAUUUUCGUUCGUGUAUUUUUAUAAAAAUUGAUUGUGUUUAUUCUAUAUACACGAAAGGGAAAUAGCAAACGAAAUUAAUGAUCAGCAGUUCAUCGAUUUAACGAGAUUUUUUUACAUUAUCCACCGGGAUAUAUUGUCGCGCCUAGACGAGGGUCAUUAUUGUUUUCUCGAUGUCGCCUGUUCCUCUCUUGCUGCUGCUUCUCAACUAGUCUGCUCGCGAAGUAGUUGAAAGAAGAAAAACGAAAAAAAAAAUCAAAUCGACCAAAAAACCGUUUGCUGAUUUAGAGAAUAAACUUUUGCUAAAUCGAAAGGCCAAACAUAGUUAAACGUAAUUAAAAGUCAGGCUGUGCGUGAGAGAGGUGCAAAACAACAAAUAGGAAAAGACGGUUUAAUUUAAUUACAAAUUACAAGUCAAAUUUAUAAGUGUGCAGUUGUGUGAGUGUGUCUCUCUCUUGAUAUAUUUUUUUUGUGUGUGUUGUUUUUCUGUUGUUUUUCUGCCUUUUGCUUAUGGCCCAUAUAAAUUGCCGCAACUUGGGUGAUAAAAAUUAAUUGAAAUAAACAUUUUGCCACAUAGAAGUUUCAUUCUGUUGUGCCAGAGAGUUAUGCGAAAAAAUUGAUUUUCCACAAUUGCAAUUGGGAAGGGGUGACGAGUGAAUGAGCGAGCGAGAGAGAGAGACGGAAAAGAAAGAAGAAAAAGCAAAACAACAACCCACCGACCCCACUGACGUGCGUGAGUGUGUGUGUGAGUGAGUGACGGGGGCGCCGAAGAGCGUUUGGCCGAGAGAGAUAGAGAGAGAGCGACAUCCCGACCAGACUUUGAAAAGAAAGAAAGGAGAGGAAGACCGAGAGAGAGAGAGAGUGAGAGGAGGCAUUAUCCUUACUGAAUGCAAUGAAUAUUGUUGGGGACUAUGAAUACAGCUCCAAGGAUAUGCUUGGCCAUGGGGCCUUUGCUGUCGUCUACAAAGGACGUCAUCGCAAGAAACACAUGCAAGUGGCCAUCAAAUGCAUUUCAAAGAAAGGCCUAAUCAAGACGCAGAAUUUGCUUGGCAAAGAGAUUAAGAUACUAAAGGAGCUAACCGAAUUGCAUCAUGAAAAUGUUGUGGCUCUAUUGGAUUGCAAGGAGUCGCAGGAUUGCGUCAAUUUGGUUAUGGAGUACUGCAAUGGCGGUGAUUUGGCCGACUAUCUAAGCGUUAAGGGCACUUUGAGUGAGGACACAGUAAGGCUAUUCCUCAUGCAACUAGCUGGUGCCAUGAAAGCACUUUAUACCAAAGGAAUUGUGCAUCGUGAUCUCAAGCCACAAAAUAUAUUGCUAUCGCACAAUUAUGGCAAAACUUUGCCAGCACCAUCGAAAAUAACAUUGAAAAUUGCUGACUUUGGUUUUGCUCGAUUCCUUCAUGAGGGCGUUAUGGCGGCUACUCUAUGCGGCUCUCCCAUGUACAUGGCCCCUGAGGUAAUCAUGUCACUGCAAUAUGAUGCUAAGGCAGAUCUCUGGUCGCUGGGUACCAUAGUCUAUCAGUGUUUGACUGGCAAGGCGCCAUUCUAUGCACAAACGCCCAAUGAAUUGAAGUUCUACUAUGAGCAGAAUGCCAAUUUGGCUCCCAAAAUACCCCAUGGAGUCUCGCCAGAUCUAAGGGAUUUGCUGUUGUGCUUGUUGCGUCGCAAUGCCAAGGAUCGAAUUUCAUAUGAAAGUUUCUUUGUUCAUCGUUUCCUUCAGGGCAAAAAGGCAGCUGUGUCACCAGUGGACAUGCCACCAUUGGGCGGAACUCCUCCAGUGAAGGCUAAAAGCCCUUUGCAACAGCAAUUGGAGCAGGAAGUGCAGAUGGUGAAACUGGCCGAACAGCAGCAAAGGGAACGCGAGGAGCGAGAGGAGCGUGAGGCUGAAAAGGAAGAGGAGAAUACUGUCUCUGUUGUGGCCAAUCCGGCUAUAUGUGCUACCAUUACCAAUGUGGGGGUACUCUGCGAUAGCGAGAAUAAUAGCGCUUCGUGUAGUUCUCAUGAGGAUUCUGAUGAUUUUGUGCUGGUGCCGAAGAAUUUGCCCGAGGAUCAGCGACAGGGUCAGACUGGUUUGGCUAGUGGCGGCCCAAGGCAACAGCAGCAACAACAACAGCAGCAGCAGCUACAACAGAAUCAAUCAAGUCCGCCACGUCCCAGUAGUCUGCCCAUUUCCGAGCCCAAACCAGUGCCGGCUCCAGCUCGCCGUCAAAUGGCCGGUAAUACGGCUGCUACUGGUGCCAUGGCAGCCGGUUCACCCAAUUCGCGGACCAAUGUGCCACUAACGGUGGCCUGUCUGGCCCAGAUUCCACGCUCUCAGCCCAUUAGUGUUAAACAACCCCGUGCCGAUCAGCGCAAGAAUAGCGUGAGCAGUGACAUCAAUUCGAUUUCACCGCCUGCCGUGCAAUUCGCAAUUGGCACUCCACCAACCCGGGUGCGUUCCGCCUCUGGAGGAUCUCUGUCCGAGACACCGCCACCACAUGCACCAAGCAUGUGGCAGGUAUCCCCAGGCGGUCACUCUCAGUCGCCGCUGCGACGUAGUGGCAACAGUUCCCCGGUGCUUCCGUCCGCUGCUCUGACAAAGCUGCCCACCCUGGGCAGCCCCACGCUGCUGGUGGCUCCCGGCUCUUUGGGUUCGAUUGGUUCGGCUGGCAGUGGUUCCGAGAAUAAUAAUCAGCAUCAUAUGCUGGGACCGCGCGCCUUCACAUUGCCCGAACUGGGGGCCACCGGGGGAUUGCAGAGCCUGCUGGAUACAGGUGCUGGUGUGGGUGUGGGCUGUGGCACCGAGCAGCAUGCAUUCCAAGCUCCCGAACUGUCGGAGGAAACCCUCAUGGAUCGUGAGCACAAUGAGACGUUGUCAAAAUUGAAUUUUGUCUUGGCCCUUACCGAUUGCAUCCAAGAGGUGGCCGAUUCGCGCUGCGCGCCACUCUCCACCCUCAUGGUGGCCGGUAGCCAAACAGUGGGCAACGAUCAUCAUCAGCAUCAGAUUCCACCCCAUGCCCCGGAGCACUGCAAACGGGCCGAACGUUUGGUUCUCCUCGUGCGAGCUCUCCAGUUGCUCUCAUCUGGUCUGAAUUUGGCUUCCCAGCAAUUACGCAAUGGCCAGCUGAAGCCCUCAUCGAAUGUUAAGAAUGCUCUGCUCACCAUGAACUCCAAGUAUAGAAGCAUUCUGUUUGAAUCAAAGCGUCUAAAUGGCAGCGGCCUCUUGCAAAAGGCAAAUGCAUUUAAUAUAACAGCGGACAAAAUACUCUAUGACUAUGCCUUGGAUAUGUGCCAGGCAGCUGCUUUGGAUGAGUUGCUCAAGAAUACCAAGAAUUGCUUUGAACGUUAUAAUACCGCACAUAUUCUGCUUCAUUCGUUGGUACAAAAAUGCAAUCAUCCACAGGACAAAUUGCUGUUGAAUAAAUAUCGCGAUGCCGUUGAGAAGCGUUUGAGCAUAUUGCAACAGCAUGGCUAUAUCUAUGUGACCGAUGAGAAUGCCUAAAAACAGAGACAUGGUCUAACCAAUGGAAACUAAAAGAAAAAUAAAAAGGAAAUCAAAGAAAAUGAAGAUAACGAUGAAUAAUGUAAACCAGCAACAAAAGAAAAAAACAAACUAAAUGAUCAGAAACAAAAAAAAAAAAAAAAAAAGCAUAGGCAAUCCUUGCAACAUUUCCUUAAGUUAUUUACCGUUUUAGUUGAGAGUGCAACAUGUGAUUAAAACAAAUAGAAAACUACUCUAUGAAACAUACAUCUAACCCACAACACAUACACAUACAAACCCACACACACAAACACCCAUAAUUUAAUACAUAAACCCACACACACACACACACACACACACACAAACACGGCAUCACAUUAUAAAGUUUCGUAAUUUGUAAUAACAAUUUCUGACACCAACAAACAAACAAAAUGUCCAAUGUAAAUAGUUUAAGAUUAUUAUUUUCCUCAUUCUA